AUGGUCUCUAUCACGACAGAGCCCCAGACUCUCUGCGCAUCGCCAGAUGUCGAUGUGGUCUUUGUGAUCAACAGUGACGAGUACCAUGUCGACCACGCUAUUCUAGCAUUAGAAAAUAAUAAGUUCGUUUUUGUGGAGAAGCCUCUCGCACUGAAUGUACGCGAUAUCAAAAGAAUAAAGUCUGCGGAACGAAAUUCCAACUGCAAGGUUAUGGUUGGCUAUAUGAGACGCCACGCAGCAGCAUUUGUGGAUGGAGUAAAAGAGAUUGGUGGAAUGGAUCAAGUGUUAUAUGCUCGAGUGAGAGAAAGAAGGAUAGAUAUUCAGACUGACCGGUCCCAAGACAUCAUCGGCCCUAACAGCGCUUUUGUUUCCCAAUCUGGAACCUUCCCAAAGAGGUUCACUGACAUUAGCCCUGAAGAUAUCGAAGACAAAACCACACGUGCUACAGAGUUCGUGAGGCAAGCUCUGGAAUCAGAAUGUGGAGUCCCGAUUACAAAGUCUUCCACGACCAUGUGGCGUAUCCUUGGAGGCUUAGGGAGCCAUGACUUGUCUGCGAUGCGGGAAGCAUUGGGUAUGCCAAAUAAGGUCCUGGGAGCAAAUCUUGGGUAUCCCUUUUGGAAGUGGGUCAACAUUGAAACUCUAGCCGAUAUAGUGUCCAGCAAUAACCAUAAAUCAAUAGUGUGCUUUUCCAAUAUCCCGGCUUUGCGAACCUACGAAGAUCCUUACACUUUGCAGCUCAAAGAGCUAUAUGACUGGGUAGUGCACGGAACCCCAGUUAAGACCACGGCUGAAGAUGCGGAGCUUGAUAGCCACAUCUUUCAAAUGAUCAUGAAAGCGGGAGGUUACAAUGCAUGA